GCUGCGCCCCAAAGAGGCCAUGUUUUGGGCGUGCGCCGAUGCGACGUGUGCGCGUCUCGUAUAGAUUUAGCGUAGCUACUAUCUGAUAACGAGUGUGGCAUGAUCGUUUUCCGCCCGAAGAAAACGUUCCAUUGGUCAAAGGGCAAGGGCCUUAACUUAUUUUGCGACGCGAGGAACGUUAGUCGCUGCCCUGCGGAGCAGUGUGUUAGUUUGGACGCGUCUUCAAGCUGUGCAGCAGCUUCAUACGUCCACGCCUUCUUCGGCGCAACCUGCCGUCAUCAUUGCGCGUGAUUAACGGCCACUGGUGGUGCUCGGCACAGAGAGAGCAUUGGUGUCAGCGGACCUGGUUGGCGGCUAACGACCCGCCGCUGGACCUCUUUUCUGGGAGCAGCCGUUUUUCCCGACGUCAGUCAGCGACGGUGGGCGUCUUCGCCGUGGCUGCCUAGGCUGCCAUGGGCGAGCGUCGCGGGCUGAAGGCGCUCGAGCUGUGGUGCCGGCGGGUGACCGAGGGCUACCGCGACGUCCACGUGGUGGACAUGAGCUCGUCGUGGCGCGACGGGCUCGCCUUCUGCGCGCUCAUCCACCACUUCCGGCCCGACCUGAUCGAGUUCGACUCGCUGCGCAAGGGCGACGUGCUGGCCAACAACCGGCUCGCCUUCAGCGUCGCCGAGUCCCAGCUGGGCAUCCCGGCAUUACUGGACGCCGAGGACAUGCUGGCCCACCGCGAACCGGACCGGCUCAGCGUGGCCACCUACGUGUCCCAGUUCUACCAGUACUUCGAAGGCAGCAUCGGCUCCCGACGAAGAGCGGCGACAGCCGCGUCUGCGCUCAAGAGGCCCGCGUCCUCGUCUCCACCGCCGCCGCUGAGCAUCGGGCCCCCGACCAAGGUCGCCGGCGACUCGUGCCACACCUGCCGCAACCGGGUGUUCCUGCUGGAGCGACUCAUGGUGGACGGCCGGCUGUACCACAGGUCGUGCUUCCGCUGCAGUCGCUGCAACGCGGUGCUCAGCCCGGGCGCCUACAACGAGUGCGACAACGCGCCCGGCACCUACGAGUGCACCGUCUGCCCAAAGGACGAAGGGCCCGAAUUCACGCUUGCGCAGAGCGAAGAGCCACCACCAAAGUCCCCUUCGAAAGGGUCGCCGGCGACGGCGGCGACCAAGCCGGAGAUACCGGAAAAGAAGCUCGAGCUCACGGAGAGUGUCCGCGUGGCUCGCAAGCUCUUCCAGAGCGCCAUGGUCGCCGCCGACGCAUCGACGGACUCGACGACGGCGGCCGACUCGUUGGACAGAAACGGCGAGGGCUCCGAGAGCCCCGUGGCCAAGUGGAAGUCGAUGCAGAAGCCGGAGCUGCCGGAGUUUCUGAGGCGCCGUGACGAGCCACCGAAAACGUCGACGGUACGCGAGAACAUCAAGCGGUUCUCGCAGGCCAACGAGAACAAACCCGCCGCUUGGGUUAGUCCUCGGAGCGGUCCUCGGAGCGUUCAGGCCGAGGAGCGGUCCAGUCCGGACAGGCGCCUCGCGGAUUCCACGCCGCCCGACAGUUUGUUAGCGCGCCUACCUCGAGGCCAGAUCGCUUCGCCGCGCAAAACUACCACAUUGGACUUGCCAGUCAUCAAGUCCGACGUCCCCGUGGGAGUCGAUGCGAUUCCGAAACCAGCACCGCGAACUAGAACGUUAAAACUGGAGCACGGUGUAGUUAACUUGCCGUCAGCCUCUGUGAGUUCGAGUUGUGGAUCAGACGAUCAGCCCGACGCGUUGUCGGAAACCCCACCGCCUUUGCCAACAGAACCACCGCCCUCUUUGAAUUGCGACGAUGAGUCCCCGGAAGAAACGUUGCACGAAUCAAAAUUAGCUCAGGAUGCUCCGAGUUUAGAAAUAAAGCUCACGCCCUGCGACGAAGAUCUCGCUCCGAGCGGCGAAGACAGUCUCGACCAAAAGUCCGAGGAAAACAAGGUGUCCGAGCAAGCAGAGACCCCCAGCGGAGACGGCAAACUAGGCGCGGCGGUAAACGAAAGCCCAGUAGCACCGCAGUUGCCUUCCGUGGAGCUCCCGGUCACGGCGUAUCCCACAGACCUCAACCCAUUCGGCGAGGACGAGGAGGAGGUGGAGGAGGAGUACCCAGAGUCCCUAAACCCGUUCGGGGACGAAGACGACGACAGUACGCGGAACGCAAGCCUGAGCCUGUAUGACGAUUCCUUGAACCCGUUCUCCGAAGGGGACGACGCGUCCCUCUCGAGCACGGCAUCGCCUCGGAGGCCUUCCCCCAGGGCGAGGAAGAAGCAGGCCGCCCCGCCUCCCCCAGUCAAGAAGAGCGACGCGGGCAGCGCGAAGGACAGUGUCAAGGAUAGCGCCAAGGACAAGCAAGAAAAGGACCAAGUGAACAAGUCGAUACAGGACGCGCCCUCCAAGAGCACGUUCGCGUACUGGAAGCGAAAGAAGCGGCCGGCGCCGUCUGUGCCUGUUCCAGUUCGCAGAGAGAUCAAGAGGAUCCCACUGAAGGAGAUUCAAGCAGAAAUGGAGGAGAUUGCAGUAAAGCAGGAGGAACUGGAGAGGCAAGGUCGUGAGAUUGAGAUGCAAAUUCGAGACCGCAACGGCAAGUACCUGAGAGAUGGACAUGUUGCCACCGCUGCUGCUGCUUCAGAUGCUGAGCCAACAGUUGAAGAGGAGGAGAUGAUUAUGCAUCUUUUUGAGCUUGUCAAUGAAAAGAACAACCUGUUCAGGCGGCAGGCAGAACUCAUGUACAUAAAACGUUCCCAGAGACUUGAAGAAGAACAAGUUGAGCUUGAGUACCAGAUACGCUGCAUAAUGACUAAGCCCUUGAAUCAAAAAUGUGAAGAUGAUGCCAAACGGGAGGAGGAACUGCUCCAACGGCUGCUUGAGGUUGUCGAGGCACGCAAUGAGAUAGUCGACAGCCAGGAACUGGAUCGGCGGAGAGUGAUGCAGGAGGACUGGAGCAUACAGGAGCAGAUGGCACAGAAGCAGAGUGAGAUCAAAGAAAAGAUGGUCACACCCGAGCCCACACCUGAAAAGAAGCACAAGAAAAAGGAAAAGCACAAGAAGUCCAAGUCGGACAAGAAGCGCGAUGAGGUGGGGGACGAGGAGAAGCGCAAGUCACUGAAAAAGAUCUUCAAGGAGAAGCUUGUGCUGUCCAAGUGACACGGCACUCCACCUGUGGUGCUGGCUGAGCAUGUGUCAACAGCAAGCUUGGAACUUGUGGCAAGGACAGUGCAUGUUUGCUGGGAUGUGUUGUUCUCAGUAAGUUGUACAUAUCGUCAUAACAGUCGUGAAUUGUUGGCAGCUGUAAGGCGUGAUUUAUCUUUGUUUUUGCAUUGAGCAAGUGUUUGUUGCAGGUGCAUAUGGUGGCCUUGGAAAGAAUGUCUCCCAUGCAGCUCACAGAGUAAAAAUGUGAAUUCUCUCUCUCUCUUCUUCUUUACUAAAUAAGGUAGGCACAGCAUGCAAGUUUGCCGAUAUCUUUUGGUAGAUUGUUGCCUGUGUAAAUGUCAUCGUUAGAGACUGGCCCACAUAUGUUCCUCGAGGCAACUUGUGAGAGAUUUACAUAAAAUCCUUGGUCAGCGUUGCAACCCUUUUAGUAGCUAUACAAAGGCCACGAUUGAAAACCAUCCUUACUCGACUUUCUAAACAACUCCUGCAGUCUGUGAUUAUACUGCACUUUUGAUAAUGCUUGAUGUUGGUGUGGAGUGAACAGUUCUCUGUGUGGUUUCAUUUCAUUUUAAUGUAUUUGCCAGAUUCAGCCAGUGAUCAUGACAGCAGUGAGGGAUAUUGUGAUAACUAUGGAGUACAGCCAAUAAAACUACUGAUUUAAUGAGGUUAAAAAAAACAACAGUUUUAUUAAAUUUAAACUUUAUUGAUGACUGUGAUCUAAGCAAGUAAUUUUGCACUGGAGUUUCUGUUCAACAAGCUCCUCAUACACCACGCACACACCAGGACUUUGCGACCAGUAAAAAACAUGUGGCGACAGUCUGUCUCUGCUAUCCAACAGUGACCACUAGACGCAGCUCUAGAGGCAGCUUCUACACAUGCCUGUGCUCACAUGAAAAAUUAUGACUGGUGUGCUUGAGUGAUAAAUUGUCAAGUGAGUUUUUUAGGUCCUUCAUUGAUCAGUUCUUACUGACAAGCUUUAGCCACCAUAAGUGUUCUAAAAUUGGCUGUGGAACUUUUUUCUUUCUCUUACUGUUAAAAAAUACUGCUGGGCUGCUGCAUUCAGGCAUAGAGUCUCCUUGCAGCAUGUCACCUAUUGCCACCACUGCUAAUAAAAGGAAACGUGGCAAGAAGGGGGGUCAACGUCUUUAGUAGAUGGCAUCUGUGCCAUCUAGAUGUGCUCAUCUGUUGGUUCCAAUUUUUUCAUCCCAAGUGAAAAAAGAAAGUGUAUAAAUCGAUGGUGAUAAAAAGAUUGCGGUGAGCCGCAGUGCUUUGUUAUCCUCUGAACACAGUAGCCAACUUUCUUGGUUUCACGAUGUCCAGAGUCUGCCAGGAAAAACUUGGUUUUUAAGCAUAUGUGGCAUUUAUAGAACUUGUUGUGCCCCAUGAAAAUAUUUCGUCUUAGCCAAUAUUUUGAAAUAUGUAAGUUUGAAUCGAUGGGUGUUAGUUGCAAUUAUGUAGAAUGUCAUUUUCACCAAAGGUGAAAGUAAACAGCAUCUAGGUCUUGACAGUUGCUUCUAGUGCCAAGAACGAAAGCAGAUGGCAGCUCUACACAUCAGCGCUAGGAAGCCUCAUCUUUCUACAUUUACCUUCUGCUACAAUAAGCAAACUUCUGAUGUAUGUGUGCAGAUCUUUCUUUGUCAGCAAAUAUACUUGAUUUCGUACAUAGCAGGGAACACUGCAAAGGCUAGAGAUUUUUCUCCCUGCUUGCAUUCACAACCAAAGAAUAGUGCAUCACAUAUGACAGAAAUAUAUACAGAUAUGUCACGUAAUUCAAUGUAACUAAUUCUAUGUGAAUAUGACAUUCAUUUAUAUAUGGAAGGAGUUGCAGAUCAUGUUUCUGUGGAGAACGGCCACAGCACACUGCUUGUGCUCGCGACAAAUACACAGUGUGUAUGUCACAUACCGGAAGCACAAAGGAGCACCAAUAAUAGUACAUCAUUUGAUGUACUGUUAUGUCCACAAGUUUUAUUUAAAUGUACGUAAUAGUAGUUACGUAGAAAGCUUUGCAGAUCAAAGGCAACUGCACUGUGAAAGACAUGUAGCUAUAAUGCUGUGACUGCACUACCGGCAUAGCUUCUGCAGUGUUGCCUGGUAAGUAUGAAGCGAAGUAUGCACCUUCACAGUCAAGCAGACAGCUUGACGACUGAUGCUCAAACAGAGGUCAGAACUCUUCUGGGCUCCUCCAGUAGGCAUCAUGGUUCAUUCUUACUGUCGAGACCUGUGUAGGCCCUCUCAAGAUGCAUUUACGAAAUUGGAUGUCUACGUAGAUGUUCCACCUUGCAUAAAGAACUGCUAAGCUCUUGUACUGAAGCUUCCUACAGGAGGAAUUUGAAUCCUGCAGAUAGCCACGCAAAAUACUCCAAAUGUGUGCAAGAUUUGUUGAGCAGAGUGUCGCAGCCCUUUUUUUUUACAUGUUCACAAUCUUAGUACAGUGCUCUUUCAUUAGUGUUAAGUUUACUCUCCAACUUCUCCGUUCUCUGAAGAAAUUGCUGGGGAAGGAAGCUACUUUUCUUGAAUGUUUUCUUGUGGCAAAGUUCCACAGCACUGAACACUUCUAGCUCAAAUGAUAAAUGAUCACUACUGACACUUUUUUGUCAACCAUUUCUAUUUGUUACUGAUGUUCUAUCGGCGUCAAAUGAAAGUUGAACAGCGGAGCGCGUGGCCCAAGCAUAAGUGAAGGUAUAGUGCGCGCCGUCCAGUCAUCACCAUUGACAGGCGCGCACAUCCGAUUUGGCCGCACUGCGCGAUCCCCCUCUAGUGAGAUAAUUUCGCUUCUGUCCUGGUUCUUACACUUGAAAGGGAGGAAAUAAAAAAUAAAAACGAAGUAAAAAAAAAACAGAAAAAACAGAAAUAAAAACAGUUCCUUUGUACAAAUUAUUAUCAAUGAAAAAUAAACUGAAUUGAAUUGAAAAUAUUGCAGUUUACGGCGAGUCUUGUCGCACAGAUCGCCGAAGAUACAAGUGCUCUCAGCGCAAAUAGCCGUGCGCGUGGUGCAGUUUGCACCGUCAUCGCCCGCACCGUGCACCGUCAUCGCAAGGUAGAUUCGCCCGCGCGGUGCGGGCGAUGACGGUGCAAACUGCGCUGACAGCACUUGUGGCUUCGGCGAUCUGUGCGACAAGACUCGCCGUAAACUGCAAUAUUUUAGCUUCGUUUUUAUUUUUUAUUUCCUCCCUUUCAAAUGUAAGAACCAGGACAGAAGCGAAAUUAUCUCACUAGAGGGGGAUCGCGCAGUGCGGCCAAAUCGGAUGUGCGCGCUUGUCAAUGGUAUGACUGGACGGCGCGCACUAUAUCUGUACUUAUGCUUGGGCCACGCGCUCCGCUGUUCAACUUUCAUUUGACGCCGACAGUUCAUGCCAGCACCUGUUUCAGCAGCCUUGCUAAGCACAAUGGCUUGAGCUUGCACACAUACAUUUUGCUACAAGUUUUUAAUUUUUUUUUCGUGCACACCAUGAAGUUUUGUAGUGUCAUCCACCAACUUCUUUGGCUUGCAACUUUAUCACAGCAUUGCUUGCUUAUCUCCCAACUGUAAUUACACGUAAUUUAUUAGUACCUUUCAGUUCAGCACCGUGUCUUGCCACACAAUAUCUGUAAAGUGCUGUGCCAAUCGUAUAUUUGGAAUGAAAGCUAAUUUCUGCAGCUUAUCCACUUAAAGUUGAUAUGAUGUGCCUUUGUUCUCAUGUUCGAAAACCUUUGCCCAGCCUUUAAUUGUUUAAGCCCAUAUUCCUACGGCGCAGCCUCUUAUGGAACAAAUGCAGCUGUCGUAACCUUUCGAGAAAAUUUUGGCUUGAGUGAGAAGGAUAAGGGGAUCUGAGUGGAUAAAUUUUUAUUUGUCUGUUGAUGUGAUUGAGAGACCAUGAGAGGCCUCAGAAAGCAUAGGGAAAAUUAUGCUUCACUGAAAUGUAAAGAUAAUAAGAGGAAAUUAAAGUAGACAGAAAAACAGAAUAUAAGAGCCGAUCCCAUAUCUUGUGCUUGAUAAGUGCAGUGUUUUUACCAACCAUGGUGGUCACCCUGCCAUUCUCUCCUUUAUUUUUUAUUUUUGGGAAGGGGGGGCGUGAGGGGGUAUUUGGGUAUGUGGAGAGACUGGCCCAGGGGGUGUUAGCCAGCACUGCUCACAACCAUGGCUGCAGGUGUUCCACACUGAGAUAUGGUCCCUAGAAUAUUCUAGAGGACUUUAUCUGGGAUACUAUACUGGUGAUUGUCAAAUUUUGUCAUAUUGUUGAAUUCACCAUCUUGUCAGCUCUGGUUGACCCAUGGGGCUGUUACACCCUCUCCCAUUGGCUCAAGAAUGCCACCAUUACAGAAAUUGAUGAUAUGGUGGAAUUCGACAAUGUCCAGAAUGGUACCCCUGCCACUGGGACUUGCAUCGUUAAGGCAUAGUAAGGACUCCUGUGGAAAAACUAUGGCACUCAACAAUCGGGAGAUCUGUGGAUCGAUUUCGCCCCUGGCUUUUUGGCCCUAGGCAGAGCACACUGUUCAUUUGUGGGUGAACCACUGCUCCUCCAUGAUUGCCAAGCAGUGAGUGCCUAAUCUGCGACGUGCACUUGAGUGUGUGAAAUGUUUCCAGCAUUGUUCAAGCCAGAUCAAAUGAGCUUUUGCAGUGGUGUAUUUUGUGUGCAACAAUGGAGGCAACUACUGGUGAAUGAGUGACACUGCAGUAAGGCCAGAGCCAAUGACCAACAAUUGAAGCUGGCAACAGCUGGCAUAUUACUCUCUUCACUUGUUUGGAAAAAAGAAAUAUAUAUGAAUAGUUAUUUGAAAGCAACCAAACUUUUUUUUUUUCAUUUCAUUCAUGAGCCAUGGCACUGACUCUAAAUUUAUCAUAGAUUUUGCUAUUUUUCUCUUUUUGUGUGCAGUCAAUUCCUGGAAAAGCUUUGUUUUUUUUUUUCAUUAGAUUAUGAAUGCAACACAGCCAUUUGUCAAUAAACUUUUAGCUCUUGCCAAAUGCCACUGUGGCAUCUUUUACAUUUGUUUCUGGCAUACUAGGGGAAAUAUUGUCACACAGGGAAGCGCACCGCAUGCAACACCAUGUCGGAAGCUUCAACUACGUCACACCGGGCUUGGUACUUUCACGAAACAAGUUAAAGGGAUACACAUGUUAACUAAUAUACAACGAAAUUAUUUUUUCAUGCGCUUUUCAUAUAUUUUUGCACGCUGUUAAACAUCACUUCUUUUGAACUGUGGCCAGGCUUUCACCAUUAUGUGUCCAUUAUCAUUGGAGCUUUGCCAAACAUGUACGGUGCACUGUGCAAACAUUGUCUAGCUUUUCAUUUUAUUUUAAAAGAGGGUUAAAUAAGACAAAGGCAGUUUUGUCCAAUUUGGUUUCAAGUGCUUGAUAUGUCCAUUUUCUGUGCUUCUUACAAUACAAUAAAGAACAUUUUGUCGCCAUAUGGUGACUGCUCAAA